AUGCUUUUUCUCAGAGUUCUGCUGUUUUCCUACACUCAAGUCUGUCAGCAGAUUCAGAAAUCAGUUGCAGAACGCAGAGAGGUGAUCUCCAACCCCACGCUCAGGCAUGUUCAGGGCACUUUGGAAGUAGUGAUAAAGCAGAAUGUGAGCCUCUCCUGUCACUCAGACUCUGGAUCUCCACCUGUCAAAUACACGUUGUUUAAAGGAAAUCAGAAGGUAGCCACACUAAACAGCACAAGCUUGACCCCAGUUUUGUUUAACGUGACUAUCAACUCUGCCAGUGAUGUGGGUGAAUACAAAUGCAAAGCUGAGUAUAAAAUUCCUGGAGACGGAAAAUACAGCAAAAGUCUCAACUUCACACUUAUAGAGCCAGUUUCCAAACCAGUGUUAAGCUCACCCAGCUCUCAAGCAAUGAAAGGACAGAAUGUGACGCUAUCUUGUCUCUCAGAAAACGGUUCUCUUCCUAUCACAUACAUAUUCUUUAGAGAAAGAAAGAGCAUCUCUCGUCCAAUGAAGAUGCAGAAAAGGGAAGCAGCUAUGUUUUUUCAGUUUAUCAAUUCAUCUAGUGACUUUGGAACUUAUAAAUGCAGAGCUGAAAACAACUUUCCCAACAGCACAAAAUACAGCAACAGUUUCAACUUUACAUUAGCAGAAGAGAGAAGCAAUUCUCAACCAUUGCUCAUUUCUUUGGGGCUGAUCCUGCUGUUGUUAACAAUAGGAUUUGCUCUGGCAAUUCCAUUUUUCAUUAUUCCUUCAUGUAAAGCAAAAAAGUCUGCUAGAUCCUCAGCUGGCCUUAUUUCAACAAUGAAUGCAGAAGAGACAGAAAACUAUGUCAUCUACACAGAGGUCGAGUACAUUAAACCUGAAGAAGAGUAUGCCAACCUUACUGUUAUUAGAAAGGAAGAUGAAAAAGGUAAAAAUCCAGAACUUAUAGUAGUGACUAUGUAG